CGCGAUAACAGACGAGAUAACGCGCACAGGACAACGUCUCACCAAACCACACAGUUUCGCACAAAAAAUUACGUGAAAGUGUACUUCACUCAUUAUUUCAUUUCAUUUUGAGUGUGAGUGAGUUUAUUUUUUAUGUGAGUUCGGUUUAUUUUAGUGUGUGAGUUGUUAAAAAUGUGGGAUUGUUAUUGUUAUUUUAGUAAUUAUUUUAUUGGUGCUGUUAAUGGAUUUUUGUGACGUAUCUACAAAAUAUUUACAAUAUAAAAUUACGUAUAAUUAAAUUUUCCAAAAGAAAUAAACAUGGAAGUGGAAACGAAAAGAAAUUCCGAAUACGAGCAAAUAAAUCAACUUUACGACGAAUGCCUGAAUUAUUUGAAGGAAAACAAGCAUUUUUUAGAACAGCACAGAGCUUCAAUAGAAGACCCGGACUAUGAGACCAUACGAGAGCAGACAGAAGACCUUCAAAAAGACGACGAACACAACGAAACAGUGGAAUCAAAAACAGUCUUUAAACUAGAGAAUGAAAAAUCUAUGGAGAGCCUAGACUCCGUGAUCUCCGAACCUCGGUCUGAGAGACUUCGAAAACUAUCCAAACAAUUACCUAAGAUCAUUAUAACGCAAAGCACAACAAGUUUAGACUUCAAAAAAGAUGAGAUUAACAAAAAGCCUUUGCGAGGUGAAAUGUCCAAAAGUGACCGAGUUUUGCCCAAAAUUGACAGACAUCUGCCCAGGCCGGACUAUAGUAUGCCCGUGAUCAAUCAUCAUCAUCAGAAUGUGUUGAAUUUCGAUGGGAGUUUGAAAGAGCGAGACAGUAUGUCGAGUAUGGAUCGGAAGAUGCCGAAAUCUAUGAAACCUUAUAAUCAUGUUUCUAGUGAGAAGAAAAAGGUGCCACCUAGCAGUGAUUUCAGACAUCCGCAGCGCACGCGGCCAGGGUACGGAGACCACCCCAAGCGCCUGGUCUCCAAGACAGGCAUGGAGAAUGUAGCUCUCAUAUCCAAUGUGCCAUUCGAGAAGAUACGACUGCUGAAUGAUACCUUCCAUACUUUGAUCAACCUGCGCUGGCGUUGGAUCGUCAUCGGCACGAUAGUGGUCCACUUCGCGAUCUGGCUGGUCUUCGCCGUGUUCUGGUACAUCACGGCGCUGGCUCACUACGACUUCGAACCAGACCCGCCCAAGAAGACCUGUGUGACUGGCGGCAAGGACUUCGUCACUAUAUUCUUGGCUUCUGUUGAGGCACAGACAACGAUUGGCUUCGGAGACCGUGCGAUAGAUGAAGAAUGUCCAGAAUCUAUAUUCCUGUUCAUCAUGCAGCUGAUCCUAGGCACUGGUCUCUCAGGAGUCCUGACUUGUGUCGUGUACGCCAAGUUGACCAGACCGGAGAAACUGUCCAGAGAUGGCGUUGGCUUCAGCAAAAAGGCUGUGAUCAGCAUGCGAGACGGCCGCCUCUGCCUGAUGAUGCGAGCCUGGGACCUCAACUACGAUCACAUCAUCAGUUCCGAGUUCACUGCACACUUUGUCAAUACUUACAGAACGAAGGAAGGCGAAGUGAUCCGGUACUACGCGCGCAGUCUCACGCUGCAGCAGCGACAGUUCCUGCUGUGGCCGGUGACGCUGGUGCACGUGAUCGAUGAGACCAGCCCCCUGUACGGGUAUACACCCGAGCUGAUUGCACAUAAUAGCUACGAGAUCACAGUGAGUCUGAAAGGCGCCUCAGCAUCAAUGGGAACGUUCACUCAGAGCCAGACCUCCUACCUGCCCAAGGAGGUCGCGUGGGGCUUCAGGUUCCCUCCUGUCGUGAAAGUUUGCAGGUACGACAGCCACAAGCAGAAGUACGUCAUCGACCACAAGAAGCUGGACCUGCUGGAGCCUGUCGACACGCCCUACUCCUGCGCCAGGGAUAUUUAUCGAACUCCUACGCCGAUAAAGGAGCCCCCUCCAACGCCUGGUACUCCGAGCAACUUCAGCGAGAAGGUGUCCAGCUUCCAGCUCGCGCGCUCCUCGUCCUUCAGGCAGAAUAAAAAUAAUAAAAGCUAACUCAUUAUCGAAUAAGACCAUUGUGUGUUAAUUCCCAUCACUUCUUUCUCUUUUAAGUCAUUUCUCACAAAAUCUAAGCUUCUUGCGACCAAAGAAAAAAAGCUUAGAUUUUGUUCACUUUAAACAUCCGCUCACAUUUUAAAGAGAUUAUUAAUUUUAAGAAAGUGUAAAAUAAAUAGACAUACGGAUCUAGGUCGUAUGAAUCUGAAUGAAAUAUGAAGAAAUUACCUAAAUAAAAAAAUUGUAUGAACAUGGAAAAAGCAAGAACAUCCUUUGAGGAUUGUCAUCAAGUGAUUUAUGGUAAUGAUAAGUGUUCACAAUUGUAAUAUUUUGAUAGUGACGUCGUUUAUAAGGAAUGUAUUGAUUGUAUCAAUAUUUUUUAAGUUAAGUAUGAUGUAUAAAAGUCUAUGAAAUAUAUUUUUAUGAGGUC